UCAGCUUGCAAUUCCAAAAAAAUGACGAGUACAUCGAGAAAAAUUCAUUCCCGCCGUCGUUUAGCAGCUCUUACCUUUCUUUCCAAUAUAUCUCUGGAUGGGACUCAUCGUGAUACAAACCUUGCAGAGCUAAAUUUUAAUUUGCAUUUUAAAAGAGCACGAUCUGUCCCUGUUGAUCGUUUGGAAUUCACAACCAAAGAGAGCUGUGUGAGACCGGCGAAUACUACUGAAUGCAAGGUGAAAAAUGUGGUGGAAAAUUCGAAUGUUACCAAAACUUUGGAGUUUGGAGAAAGAAAAUUAUUUAGAAGAGAAUCUCAGGAUAAAAUUCUUGAAAAUUUUUAUCGUUUAGAUGACCAAGCGCAGUCAAAAAGUAAAGAUAGAGUUCAUAAAUUUGUGACUGAUGCAAAAACUCGGUUAUGUAACUUAAGUCAAAAAAGGAAACAAUUAACUCAUCAGAAAUCAAUAGAAUCAUAUGGAUUACCAUCAGGGAAAAGCACUGAAAGUUUAGCAGCUGGUGGUUGUCGAAGUCGAAAAGCAUCAUUGUGCCCGUCGGAAUGUUCCUUUCUUACAGUUGCAGAACUCAAGUUUCUCAAAAGUCUUAAUGAAUAUAAGAAUGAAGCUGAAAGGAUGGUCUUAGUGUGUGGGAAGAAAUCACCAUUUGUGAUGUUUUCUGUUUUGCCAUUUAGUAAAUCUCAAGGGUCUUCAAAGAUUGAUAUAAAGUUAGAAGGCAAUCGACGGAGGCAUGCUUCCAGCAUGAGACAGUUGGCUGUAAUUAAUGACGGGCCAGAUCCUCUUGAUUUACUUUCUUUGCUGGGAGUUGAAAGACCUCAAGAAGGUCAGGACAUAUCAUAUGGUGAACUGUUAGCUCCUUCUACUAAAAAAUACAGAUGUUGUUUAGAUUCAGCGGUAGAAACAGAUAAUGCUUUCAGAUUUCCUUAUCAAGUGUACUCUACUGGGUAUUCUAUAGAUCAUGUGAGCAGGAUUCAUCCAAAAUUGUCGACUACACCACCAAAAUCUUUUGAUAAAUGUUCAGAAAGGGAAGAAAAUUUUGGAUUUAUUCACCCCUGGCACACAAGUUGUUCUGUAUACCAUCCUAAUUUACUGGAUGACCCAGAACUUAUAGCUGGCAAGCAUAGUACCCUUUUAGUUUUUCCAUCUUACAUAACAUCUGUUAUUGAUUAUGUCAAACCUUCUGAUUUAAAAAAAGAUCUAAAUGACAAAUUUCGAGAAAGAUUUCCUCACAUUCAGUUAACUCUCAGCAAACUCAGAAGUAUAAAACGGGAGAUGUACAAGAUAGCCAGGCAUGAGUGCAACAUAGAUCUUUCAGUGGUUGCCCAAGCAUUUGUUUAUUUUGAGAAAUUAAUAUUAAAGAUUUUAGUCAACAAACAAAACAGAAAACUUUGUGCUGGUGCAUGCCUUUUACUUUCUGCUAAAUUAAAUGAUGUUCGAGGGAUUGAUCUCAGAUUACUACUAGAGAAAAUUGAAAUGGUGUUCAGAGUAAAUCGCAAAGAUCUGAUGUGUUUGGAAUUUGGUGUUCUUGUAGCUCUUGAAUUUUCCUUACUCUUAAGCACUUCCGAGAUUCUGCCACAUUACCAGAGGCUAGUAUAUGAGUCUUAGAUAUAAGAAUUUGAUGUGAACAAAUGAUAUUUUUCAAAAUGUAGUUAUUAAUAUAGUCAUUUUUAAAAGUAUUAUGUAUACAUUUUUCAAAUGAAUUUUUUAAAAAUAUAGUUAAGUGUACUGCAACAUUUUUUACAAAUUAUUUUAAAUUUAUACUUUCAUGUACAAAUGAAAUACCUGGAUUAUAAUUAAGACAGUGCAAACAAAAGAUUGAAAUGUUUUGCUUUGUUCCUGUUAAAUUUUGCUUCCUAUUUCAUGUUUGCAUUUCUGUUACAAAUUGUUGUGUUAAUUAAAGACAGAGUUUGUUACUUUAUGUAAGUUAAUUUAUUAUUAGUAAGUUAAGAAUCUUCACAGUGCUGUUUUUAAAGAUUUUGUAUUUUAAUAUUUCUGUCUAAAUGAAAUAUACAAUGUGCAAAAAUAUUUUUAAAUUAAUAAAAUGAAAAUUCAAUAUAGCAACUUAAAUUUAAAAAUUAUGUAAUUUUUUAUUCUUUCAGUAAUUAUCUUUUGAUAAUAAUACACAUUAAAAAUCACAUAGUUUUUAAUAUGUAUCUUAUUUUAGACCAGUUUUCCCAAAAUAUAUGUUAUGAGUGUACAUGUCAUUUAAGUUUAAACAGAAAUAAUCCCUUCCAUUUUUUAACAUAUUAACUAUUAAGUUAAUAUUUAGGAACAAUUUUCUGUCAUUCCUUUAAUUUGGUGUACAUCAAAUGAUCUUUCAAAUGUUCAUGAAACUUUGGUUUGGUUUAUUAAUUGUUGCAGUCUUAAAUUUUAUAAAAAUGUGAGAGUUUUUUUUAGUAUAACUGUGCAUGUAAAAGAAAGUAAUUGUUUAUGAGUGUCUAAGAAGUACCUUAAAUGUUUGCUUGCAUGUAUGAUUAAAUGAGUAUUAUACUAAUUAAAACUAUACUUCCUGUAGCAGUAUAUGAACAUAACUGCAACAGAAGUAGAAUUUUUACCUUUAAGCAUUCAAUUUUUUUUUAAUUUACAUAAAGAAAGAUAUAUUUUUCAAAUAUUAGCUAGAUAUUUUUAUGUAUCUUUAUGUACUUAAAUAAAUGCAGGAUAUGCUGCAGGUGGUUUUUUUGGGGGGGUGGGGGGGUCUAUUUUGGUUGUUAUUGUGGUUGUUAAUUUUCUUUUUUAAAAGAAAUUUCAGGAUGAAUUUUAUACACUGUAAAACUGAAUUGCCACAAUAAUCUCAUGUACAAUUUUUGUUGUGUUAUACACCUUACACAUUAAAACUCCAUUGGCAGCACUGCAGCAAUACAUAAAACUGACUGAAUCUGCCAUCAGAAGGUAUCCAGUGAUUUUUUAACCCAUUGUUAUAAUUGAUCAGCCUUGAUGAUGAGUAAUAUCUAAGAUUAUUAUAAAAAGAACAUAUAUUAUAUUAUUUUUAAUACUGAUGUUUUGAAAAUGUUUUAGUUACUCAUAUUAAAAAGAAUACUAUUGCAAUAUUAGUUUUUGAAUAAUUUUUCUGAUUUUUGAUAACUACUGAGAAGUAACCAUUCAAAGUGGAUAUAUUUAAAUGUUAAUGUUUUGUAAAAAUGUGCUGAAAAUAUAAAUAGAUUAUAUGAUUUUGCAGUAUAAAAAAUGAAAUUGAAUUUAGAAUUAUUUGUUAUGUAAAGCAAAAAUAAUCACUUUAUGUGAAUUUUUCUUCUUCAUAAUGUGAAAUAACGUUAAAAAAUUAAGUUCUGUUUCAGAAGUUCAUGAGUUAAUGAACUUGGUUGUUGUGCUCUUAUGUAGCAAAGUUAUAGAGAAACAAAUCAAAUUAUAUCACAAACCAAAGUAUCAGUGUUGAAAUCUGUUGUCUUUGAUUGUUAACUAUGUGUGUUGUUAAUCUUGUUAAUGUUUUCAGUGUUUUAGCCUAACAGAUUAUUAUUUUUUUAUUGCAGUCAUGUACAAUUAUUUUACUCAUUACAUGUAAUCAUGCAUGGUAUAAGUAUGGUUUAAGUAUCAAGAAUGGUAGAAAGUUUUGUUAUUAGUAUGUUCUAUGAUGUUUUAUUAAGCGAUGUACUUUAAACACCAUGCUGAGGUAAUAUAAAUUGAGUUAUACGUUUAUUACUGAUAUGAAAAAAUUGUUUGGCCAUGUUAUUGAUGUUAAAAGUGCUAAGGUGAAUUACUAAAAGUAGUUAUAAUACU